UUUGUGAUUUUGACACCUACGAAAACGCCGAUAAACGACGAUAAAUAUUUCAAUUUUAAUUUACAGUAAUUCUAACUAGAAAUACUAAGCUGUAAAUUUUUCUACGACAAUGGCUUCAGGAUUAGAAAAUUACGUAAACCAGACAGUGUCUGUUAUAACCGCAGAUGGGCGAAAUUUUAUUGGAACGUUGAAGGGUUUUGAUCAAACAAUAAACAUAAUUUUAGAUGAAUCCCAUGAACGUGUGUUUUCUUCGUCAACUGGGGUAGCGCAAGUAGUGCUUGGACUUCACAUAAUUCGUGGCGACAAUAUCGCAGUGGUCGGGCAAAUUGAUGAAUCUAUAGACAGCAGACUAGACCUUGGUAAUAUAAAAGCAGAACCCCUGGGACCCAUUGUACACUAAGCUUAUUUUAAGAAUAUUGUAAUAAAUAAAUUAGUUUUAUACAA